AUGCAUCUUGCUAAGUCGGCUGGCUCCGAUGAUUAUGAUACAGUCACCGAGUUCGCCAUUGUGGAUUCAUCUCGCCACCCAGAUUCGACCGCGCGGAUCCAGCACGCAGAGAGUCGACUGCGACUUAUCUUCGGCCUUGGAGAUAUCCACUUCAAGUCAAACGCACGAAGGCAAAUCUGGGUGCCGCCACAAGAUGAGGGAAAGCCAUGGGAGUCAGGUAUUCGCUGUUUCCAACUCAUUCGGCAACUGCUUUUCCGUGUUACAGACUUGUUCUGCACCAAAACACCAUUCGAUGGUGACCAGUUUUUCGCCACGGCAAUUAGUGGUUGGAUCAACGUCGAUUUUAUUCGUCAUGAGAUGAUUGGUAUGCUUCAGGAGCGGUGCAAUGCUGUUCUUGACUAUUCGUGUCGCUAUGCGCUGGAGCCUAUCCAAGAUCUACGACUUACGGCCGAACUUGAAGGAAUAUUUCCGCCUAACUCGCUUGCGCCUAUCUUCGAAGGGAUUCCAGCAUAUGAGCCUAACACAAAUAAAACUGUCCAUACUGAUGUCGAUGUGGAGGACAGUCUAGGUAACGAUGAUAACCAAUAUGCGUCUGACUCUGAGGACAAUCUUUCCGAAGAAUCCGGGGAUGAGGUUGCUAACACUGGGGCUAUUGUGGAUGCAGUCCAGACCAGUGGAGGGGAGUCUGAACACGCUGCGCCAGACGAUAGUCAAGAUAUAGGCGAAGUUGGUGGUAACCCCGUAGUGGGUAUCACACGACAAAACGACAGCCCAGAAGAAUCAACCCCUAGUGCGGAAUAUUCCGAAGCUCUGAAACGAUCAGCCGCAGAAGAUGAUCAAAGUGAAAGAGGCCAAACUCAUAAGCGAAGCAGGGUGCAAGAGUAG